AUGCCUCUGGCACCAAAGGCACCAACACACUUUGGCCUUUUUGAUGUGCUGACGUUCAGAGCCUAUAUAAAGCGGACCGAAGAGAGCGAGAGCCGCAGUCCCAAUAUCCAAUACUGGUACCAUGGUGAAUUAAUGGCCCAGAUGAUGAUCUUGAGCUGGUCUGGAACGCGGCUUCAGCAUGUCAUCAACGAUGAGAAUUAUAGCUUCUUUCACCAAGAGCGCAACAAAGCUCUGGCCAUGUUCCGAUCGCACGGCGUUAUCCACAGCGACGACGAGUGGCGCAAUAUGCUGUGGAUGACCUGGGUGACCGUUUGCUUGUCAUUGACUUGGAGGACGUGA